AUGAAUGUAGUUUUGGUCGGUUUUGAUAGGAAGAAGGUGACUGUGUUUGUAGAUGAUAUUUUGAUUGCUAGUGAGACUGUUGAAGAGAAUAUGAAACUGCUUGAAAGGGUGUUAGAACACUUGGGAGAGACUGUGUGUGAGUUAAAGGGUUUUUUGGGUCUGAUUGAGUUUGGGAGGAAGUUUAUCAGGGAUUGUUUGGGUAUAAGGAAACCGUUAACUGAAUGGACAGGGAAGAAAAAUUGUGUGAAGCUGAAGUGGGAUGAGCGAAUGAUGGAAGCAUUUGAGAGAUUGAAAGAGGAGGCUUCUAGAGAUGUUACCUUGGCUUUCCCAGACUAUAGUGAAGAAGCGAGUAAGCUUGAGCUGUAUGCUGAUGCAAAUUUGGAGAAUAAGAGUUUGGUUGAGAGUGUAGAUGAGCUGCGUGCAAAAUUGAUGAGUGAAGUACAGAAGGAAAGGGCGUAUACAGAGGAGCAAGGUAUGGAAGAAGAGAUGAUUGCGAAUGGUUUGCCUGAAAUGACUGUGAGAAUGAUGACGGAGAUUUUACGAAUGAUGAGUAAAUGUGACAACAAUUGGGAUAAGUAUGUAGGGCGUGCAGUGUGGGUAUACAACUCCACACUGCAGAAGAGUAUAGGUAUGUCUCCGUCCAAAAGUAUCUUGAGACUUGACUCCAGUAAUGACGACGACGACAAUGACAAUGACGACGAUGACAAUGACGAUGACGAUGACAGAACUGUGCAGUUCAAUGAAUGUGAUGAUGAAUGA